AUGGGCUUCAAUCAUACGACUUCUGUGUCGUCAUGGACCAUCUUCUUCCUCUGUUUUCCCCUGCUUUACGCUUCCACACUUGCUUCUUUUUACACCCCCGAUGAUCUUUUAAGCAUUAACUGUGGCAGCUCCGGCAGCUCCACCAGCUCCACGGGAAAUGGUCGGACAUGGACCGGAGACAACGAUUCAAAGUUCUUAUCCAAACAAGACGAAUCUGUUCCAGCUGCGGCACUUACUCAAUCUCCUUCUGCCGCGCAAGUCCCCUACACCACAGCUCGUAUCUCUCGCUCUCAGUUCUCAUAUUCAUUCCCUGUCUCUCCCGGCCAGAAAUUCCUUCGUCUCUUCCUCUACCCAGCUUCGUACCCGGGUUUUGAUCGUUUCGAUGCUUUCUUCACUGUCAAAUCUGGUGGGUUCACACUCCUUAAGGAUUUCAAUGCUUCGGUCAGGGCCGAUGCUCACGGGGAAGAUACCAUCCUCAUAGAGUAUUGCGUCAACGUCGGCGAUGGCGAGAGGCUCAACUUAACUUUCACUCCCAAUUCAACCCGCCCAGAUUCUUAUGCGUUUGUUAAUGGAAUUGAGAUUGUCUCCAUGCCUCAGGAUCUCUAUUACACCAAACCCAACGACUUAGGAUUCAAAUUAAUUGGUUCGGUGGGUGGGUUUAUCAUCUCCGACAGCGUUGCUCUUCAGACAGAGUACAGGCUAAACGUCGGGUCCGGACAUAUCUCAGCUACGAAAGACACGGGAAUGCUUCGAUCUUGGGACGCCGAUGACAGUUUCCUUGUUCAAACAUUUGCUCUACCUGCUGAUUUUGAAGGUGAAAGAAGACCUCUGAUGUUCACUAAAGUUCCUAAUUACACAGCACCUGAGGAACUCUAUCGAACAGAACGCGAUAUGGGAAUGAACAAGACUUUGAACAUGAACACUAACCUUACUUGGGAGUUUCCUGUCGAUUCAGGCUUUACCUACAUGCUGAGACUCCAUUUUUGUGAGCUUAAUCCAGAUAUCAACAUUUCCUACAACAGGAUAUUUGAUAUUUACAUAGCCGACCAGUUAGCUGAGCAUGGUGCGAAUGUCUUAAAUUGGGCAGAGGGAAAAGCAGUUCCGGUAUAUAAAGACCAUGCCGUGAUCAUUUCAGGUGAUGCAAAACCAGCUUCUCUUUCACUCAAAAUGCAUCCUGAACCCCCACCGGAAUUUGACUACGGUGACGCAUUCUUGAAUGGACUCGAGAUUUUCAAGAUCAGUGAUUCACAGAAUAAUCUCGCCGGACCUAACCCUGAUCCUCCUCCACCUCGUCCCAAUCCUAAUGAUCUACCCCAACAGCAAGCAAGAAAAAACAGAAGCAAGAUUGUAAUCGGGGUCAUUGUGGGUGUUUCAGCUUCCAUCGUCAUUUUGAUUUCCAGCAUCGCAUUCUUCCUCAUCGCUCGUGGGAAGAACAUCAAGUCGAGUGAUGGAACUUGUAAGUGUAUUACUAAUGGCUCAGCUGUGCCGACGGAACUGUGCCAUCGCUUUUCCAUUGCUGAGGUCAGAGCCGCUACCAACAACUUCGAUGAACUCUUCAUCAUCGGCGUCGGAGGAUUCGGCAACGUCUACAAAGGUUACAUUAAAGACGGUCAAACUCCGGUCGCAAUCAAACGACUCAAACAAGGGUCGCAACAAGGGCUCCAUGAGUUCCGAACAGAGAUUGAGAUGUUGUCCCAACUUCGUCACAAUCACUUAGUAUCUCUCAUUGGCUACUGCAACGAUGGCAACGAAAUGAUCCUCGUCUACGAGUUCAUGGCUCGUGGGACCCUCCGUGACCAUCUUUACAAUUCUAACAACCACCCCCUUUCCUGGAAACAGAGGCUGAAAAUUUGCCGGAGUGCAGCGCAAGGACUACAUUAUCUUCAUGCAGGCGCGAUACGAAAUAUCAUUCAUCGCGACGUGAAGACGACGAACAUUUUACUUGACGAAAAAUGGGUGGCUAAGUUUUCUGACUUUGGAUUAUCAAAAAUAGGACCCACAGGAAUGUCCAGGUCUCAUAUUACCACUGUGGUGAAAGGAAGCAUUGGUUAUUUGGAUCCAGAAUACUAUAAACGCCAAAGGUUGACUCUAAAGUCUGAUGUUUAUUCGUUUGGCGUGGUAUUACUCGAAGUAUUAUGUGGGAGGCCACCUUUCUUACGGACUGUGGAGAAGGAGAAGGCAAGCUUAGUAGAAUGGGUCAGAAAAUGCCAUCAUGAGGGUGUGAUUUGUGAAACUGUUGAUUCGUUCAUAACAAAAAGUAUCAGACCAGAGAGCCUUAAAGCAUUCAGCGACAUGGCGUUAAAAUGUUUGGAAGAUGACCCAAAUGAACGACCAUCGAUGAGUGAAGUUGAGUGGCGCCUAGAAUAUGCGUUGCAGCUACAAGAAAGUGCAGAGGAAACUGAAGAGGAAGGAAAACGUGAGGAAGAAAUGGCUCUGUUAACAGAAGUUAGUGAUGUGGAAGAAAGUAAUGAAGUUGGUUUCAAUGAGUAGAAAUCAGUUUUGCUCUCUGGAGUGAUGUUAACGCUCAAGUUUGAUCGAAAUAUAUGUGACAGAGGAAAGACAAAUGGUAUUGAAUUACGC